GGUAGCAGCCGCCGUGAAUGGGCGGCCAGAGUGCAACAUGGCGGACUGCGAGUCGGAGGUGCACCGCUUGCCAGCCGUGAAUCAGGACGGCAGUACGAGAAACGCGGCGGCCGUGACAAUGGUGAACAACAACGCGCGCGUACCGCAGCAUCCACCGGCCGCCGGACCGGACAAGGAUCCGGUCGGCCAGGGACCGCGGUGCGUAACGAUUUACAAGACGGAGACGGGCUUCGGGUUCAACGUACGCGGCCAGGUCAGCGAGGGUGGACAACUGCGGAGCAUCAACGGCGAGUUGUACGCGCCGCUUCAGCACGUCAGCGCGGUGCUACCGCGAGGUGCCGCCGAGAAGGCCGGCGUCCGCAAGGGCGAUCGUAUCCUGGAAGUGAACAACGUCAACGUCGAGGGCGCUACUCACAAACAGGUGGUGGAUCUGAUCAAAUCGGGCGGCGACGUCCUCACCUUGACCGUCAUCUCCGUGACGCCGCAGGAAGCGGAGAGGCUGGAGCCCUGCGAGGAUCUGAGCUACGCCUCGGUGGACUACAGCGAGAAGCGGUCUUUGCCCAUCAGCGUGCCGGAUUAUCACGUCCGCGAGAGGAAGCACGAGCGUUACGUAGUCUUCAACGUCCACAUGGCCGGCAGGCACUUGUGCUCGCGCCGAUAUCGGGAAUUCGCGGCGUUGCAUAUGGCGCUGAAGAAGGAGUUCAUAGGCUUCAAUUUUCCGAAGCUACCGGGAAAAUGGCCAUUCCAAUUGAGCGAGCAGCAGCUUGACGCGAGAAGACGCGGUCUGGAACAGUAUUUGGAAAAGGUCUGCGCGGUGCGCGUAAUAGCGGAGAGCGACGCCAUGCAGGAAUUUUUGACGGAUCGACUGGAGGAGGAUGGCGAUCAGGGUCCGGCGGUUGAUCUCAAGGUUCUGCUACCUGAUCGCGAAGUCGUCACUGUCACCGUUCCUAAGGCGGCGUCGGUGAAGGACGUCUACGACGCGGUUUGCUGCAGGGUCGGCUUGGACGCGGAAACCGCCAAGUACUUCUACCUGUUCGAGAUCGUCGAGUACAAUUUCGAGAGGAAAUUGCAACCUCACGAGCACCCGCAUACUUUAUACAUUCAAAAUUAUUCGACCGCCAGUGCGACGUGCCUGGCGAUAAGGAGGUGGCUUUUCAAUGUAAAUAGGCCUUUGAGCGAACAGGCGUUGACAUGGAUAUUUUGGCAAACGAUCGACGAGGUGAACAGGGGUCACAUUACUGCGGGGGAACGAUUGUAUCAGUUGAAGGCUCUUCAGGAUGCGUCGAGAAAGCACGAGUAUCUAAAAUUAGCGAGGGAACUCAACGGGUAUGGCGACAUCGUAUUUCCGCAUUGCGCGUGCGACUCGAGAAAGGAGGGCCAUGUGGUACCGGCUGUGGGCAUGGCGACCUUCAAGUUGCACGCCGCGAAGGAGGACGGUACCCUGGAGUCACAGGUGGUCGAGUUCCAAUGGAACACCAUCGUCCGGUGGGAAGUGGACGAAGACGGGAUGGCGUUCUGCUUCCAAUACACGCGCCAGGACAAUCGUCCGCCCCGUUGGCUCAAAGUCUUCACCCCUUACUAUACGUUCCUCUCGGAUUGCUUCGAUCGAAUAGCCGAGGAAGCAAAGUGGGACGAUCCAGGAGAAUGACGUAACGUACGACGCUAAGAGGUAUCCGGCGUAUAACGUCGAAGGCUCUUUCUCACGGGAUAUCUCGGCACUUGGUCUCUUCGUAGUCGAAAUCUUUUCUUAUUAGAGUUAGGACAGUUUUUAGAAGCGAUACCGAGUUAGCGUAGCACCUUCAGCAUAUCAAAUUUUCCGAUCUGUUGGCUUCGCCGAACAUUAUAUUGAUGCUGUGCACCGAGAGAGCGUUUGCCCACCGUUAUUAGCAGAAGAGUUAGAUUCGCGCGUGCGAAUGUAGGAUACAUCCCAGUGAAAAACAAAUACUUCUGCCAGAGAAACGAAAUUCGAUUGGAUUACUGCGACGCUCGCGAGUCAUCCGAUUGAAAACGGCACGUGAUGUACAGAUUUAAAUCCGGAUUUAUACUGUACAUCACGUGCUCGUCCAUGACCUGGUGAGGGAAUCUUGGCGCAACUUGCAGUCAGCGACCAAGAAAAUAAAUUUGGUUUUUACGUUAUCGAUAUAGCGGGGACUUUUGUUUCGUCGAUGAAACACACGUGCCGUUUUUCCCUUCAUUACGAUAAACAAAAUCGUGCACGCGAUGACAUAAGCGAGAAUAACGUUAGUGUACGGAUACGUAAACUAUUAUUAUACUACGGGGAUACGCGCGGUUAUCCGCCUAGAAACCACCUAUCCUUCUGGCCUAUGAAUUAUUAUACAGCACGCAACUCGUUUUCCGACGGGAGAAUCGAUCGUCUUACGUAAAACGUUCCUCCUUGUUCGCCUAAUAGACCCGAAACUCAUGCUCGUUGGAUCUGCGUAUCGAUCGUGCAUCCAAACGAUAGAAGUGGCACCCUGUGCAUUUUCUAAUGUGCAAUAUUUUAUAAAUCAAUAAUAAUUUGUCAAUUCGUUACGCAGGAUAUUUUAAAAUGAGAAGCAUCGCUUUCGCAUGUUUGUAAGGGAUCUCAAUGGUAAUAUCGACAGCGCGUCCAAUUUAUCGCUGUGGUAGGUUUCACUCAUUAUUGUUUCCGAGUAAAAGCUUGUGAGCUGAGAGGCCUGGAAACGUCUGAGAAAAAAAGGAAAAAAAAAUAGAUACAUAUCACGUUCAUCGACGACUUCACAAUAAGCAGGAACGGAUUUGUUCUUUUUUCUUUUUCUUUUUAAACUAUCCUGUGUAACAAACAGAUUCCUAAUGCACAUGUGGCUACGGCUGGUACCACGUGUCCCGCAAUCGAUAUGUAACGUAUCGAUCAGUCCUCUACACAUUUUGUUAAUUCAUUAGUAUGUAUAGAGCAUUAGCAUUAAAAGUAGAACAAACUGUACAUAUUAACAUUACAAAUAUAUACUUUUUUGAGAAGAAAUUCAGUUGUGUACGUGUGUGUGUAUGCGUGUGUGCGUUUUAAUAAGAUCAGUAACGACUCGAACGCAAGGUUAUUACGCUGGUGGCGCGUAAAAAAAAAAUGAAGCGACCGUCUGAUAAUUAACGCAAGUGAAUCGGGGAGGAUUGUAACGAAAGUCGAGGAUUAUUUUCAAAUCGACGUUUGAAAAUAAAUCUCGAUUAAGAAACUUUAUCUCGGACUACUCCCCCCUAAUGAAUUUAUAAAGGUACUGUACAAUAGGAAAUGCGGCGUUAAUGCUCACCUCUUGAUUAUAUAAGCGUAUAACGGAUUUAGUGAGAGAGGAAAAAGCGUAAAAUUUCGAAACAAUAAUGUAUUAAGGUCGAGUAGUAACCGAUUACCUUAUACGAAAGAAGAAUAAUACUCAUUAAUAAUGUUAAAAGAGAUAUUGAUAAUAACAGCAAGUAAGAAACAUAUAAGGAUAAUACUUAGCACUACUUUGCGCAUUGCGGGAUUUUGCAAAAGGCCGUAAUACGCGUGUUGGCAUAGAUAUCCACAGUAGAAAGCGAAUAUUUGGAGCGAGUUCUCUUGCACGCCAUGCUCAUGAUCUGACAUCUGUUUUUCUUUUACCUUUCUUCUUUUCUUCUACUUUUCUCCGUUACGUUAUUAUGCAUCCUGCCUUCUCGCAGCGCUUAAAAUCCACUCGUUCUAAAUCUGUCGCUUACUUGACUGCGAGCAAUUUCAGCAGAUAAUAAAUAGAAAAAUAAAUAUAUUAUUACCGUUAACGUUUUUAAACUUUAUUCAUGGAGUAUCGAGCGCGUGCGACAAAUGAGAAAUGUAUGUGGCAAUGUAAAAUCUAAAUGAGAAAAGAAAAAGAAUAUAUAUAUAUAUAUAUAUAUAUAUAUAUAUACUCGCGAAAGAGCAUAGUUAUGAUACUGUUAAUGAUAAUAGAAAUAUAGAGUGCAUAAUAUAGUGUAAUUAUAACCAAACGCGCGAGAAUCCGAGUGAACACGCAUACAAGACGAUCGAUGUACGUUGUGAUAUAUCGCGCGUGCACUUAGAUAUUUGGUCAAACGAACAAGGCAGUUACAAUAAUGGUUUCUAUUAUUUUGUUGAUAGAGAAAGAGAGAGAGAGAGAAAGAGAGAGAAAGGAAAGAGGUAGGUUUUGCGAGAAAACGGUGCAAAGUGAUCUGUGAAUUGUAGUUAGUAAUACGUGCGUCCGGCAUUGUUAUUACUGGUGAUAGAUAAACCGUAUGAACCUUCAGGUGAUCACCUAACAUUCUGUAUAAUUUAGGAUCCGCAAACGAGAGAAUUAGCGAUACAACUUUGUUGAAUAAUGCGUCUAGUAAUACUUCCGCACGAUCUGUUUGGUCAGACGAUAUCACUGAGAUACGAGCAACAACCCGAGGGGUCUCUUUGAUUAUUAUAUUACUGGCGACAGAAAGAUUCUCUCAAAAUACACGCCUCUAAAUACACGGGACCUUUCGCGGUUUCAUUGAUCGGUGAAGUAAUCGGACGAACAAUUUUUGGACCGGAAGAAAAUAAAGUCAGUGGCAUCGUAUCCGCCACGUGCGUUUGGAGAAUGGCAAUAAUAUUUAUAAAGAAACUGCGUGUGUUAAUUGGUAGUUAAUUGGUAGCGAAUAUUUUUCGAGAAAAUCGUGCGGGGUGAUCGCCGAGAUACGUCCAAGUUGAAUUUGAGACUUCUGAUGCGUAAGAUCUGAAAAUAGUCGGAUUAAUGAUAUUUUGUACAGUUUUGUAAAAUUAUCUUUAUCUUGCAGUAUUUUUAUUAUAAUUCGAUCAUUGCCUUAUGACAGUGCUAGUGUCGUAAGUUAAACGAAAGCUGUCUUUCAUUUCACGAAGCUGUUCGAUAAAAAAGAAGGAAAUUUCGUUCAUUUUGCGUUUGUCGUUUUGCAAGAAAAACGUUUCUUACUAGGAAAUCAAUUAAUUCGUUUAUCGUUUGUUAUCUCGUUAAUUAGCGUGCUAACGAGCUUGUCAAACACAGAAUGACGAAUUAGAUAGUAUAAUUUAAUUAUUGUUAUUACAAGACCAUAUCAUUACAGUUAACUCUUUAGGCGUUAAUUAAACUAUUCUGUAUAAUCAUAGUACGUAAUAACAAAUGCUCCAAUUUACCGUGUAACAUCAGUUCGCGAAACGUUUGCUGUAAAACUAGUAUUUCGAAUUAGCGAGAGAAGUAUUAUUCGAUUUCUUUAUGAGCCAUCUUAUUGAGAAGCGUAUAAUAAAAACAGAAGAAAUAGAA